AUGGUCUCCACAAAUGUGCUACGCACCGCAAUUCUAAAGGCCACUGAUGGAAAGCUGCGUGCCGACAAUUGGCAAUAUAUUCUUGAAGUGUGCGAUCUCGUUAAAGAAGACCCGGAAGAUGGUGGACGUGCAGCAGUUGAGAUUGUGCAGGAGCGACUAAAAGUAACGGACGCCAAUGUUGUAUUGCGCACCUUGUCACUUGUGGUGUCGCUGGCCGAAAACUGCGGCUCACGGCUUCAGCAGGCCAUCAGUUCGAAGGUCUUUACCAAGGAGCUUUUUAAUUUGAUUACCAGCAGUAAUGUGCACUGGGAGGUAAAGAAAGAAGUAGCGAAAACAAUUGCACAGCUAAGUGAUUCAUUCCAACGUGAUCCAUCACUGCGAGGAAUGCAAGACCUGUAUUCGAAGGUCGAGGCCCAAACACCUACUUUACUGCAAGAAAACGGCGUACCACGUAAAACGGAGAUGGCUGACAAUACAAAACGUGACGAGGAAAAAGAGCUUGAAGAAGCGCUCAGGCUGUCAACACUGGAGUACGAGAAAGCUUCGAAGAGUCCGAAUGGAUUGCAGCAGAAUACUCCAGAUGCUGUUCGCCCUGUGUCCCCGAACAACGGGCAUAUUUCUUCUACGACUGGUGUUAGGAAAGUAAGGGCACUGCACAAUUUAACGGGUAGAGAUACUGAAGAGCUAUCAUUUAGAAAGGGUGACACAAUCGCUGUUAUUGAGCAAGUUUAUCGCGAUUGGUGGAGAGGCUCUUUACGAGGACGGAUCGGUAUUUUUCCGCUCAAUUAUGUGACACCUGUUGUUGAAAAGACUCCGCAAGAAGUGGAUCAAGCGCGGGCAGAAGAGGGGUACGUGCUCAAUGCUGUUUCCGAUGUAGACCGACUCCACCUUUUACUGAAAGACUCGGGGCAGAAUGUUCAGAUUAUGCAAGAUCAACAAGUAACUGACCUGUACAGUUCAGUUACACCUCUGCGGCCUCAGGUCACCAAGAUGCUGGGGUCCGUCGCGCAGAAAAAGGAGGAAUAUUCUUCUCUACGCAAGGUUUUGGCAGAUGCUGAGUCUUCUUACAAUCAGCUGCUCAGCCGCGCCAGUCAAGCUUACACAAGCCCGUCUGCACAAAACCUUCAGCCAGAAUACUCUCGAGCACCACAGCAGUAUGAGAAUAGCCAAACGGUAGCAACUAACAGGUACGUGCAUUCUCAACCCUUUUUGACCGGCGAAGCUCCGCAACCACCACGUCAAAACUACCCGGUGUCUUCACAGUAUCAACAGUAUCAGGCCUCACAUCAACCUCGCCUGCCUCAGCAACCCCAACAACAACAUCAGCAGCAGCAGAAUAGAUAUCAAUACAGUCAUGGACCUUCCGGACCGCCUUCUCAUCCUCAUCCAAAUACACAGCAUGCCUUUGGGCAACAAGUAAGGGAGCACAACAGCGGGUCUAAUCGUUCAUAUAAUGAUCCAGCACUAUGA